CGGACACCAGCCCAGAGAGUAACCGAGGUCACCUCUGCAGCUGCGGGCUCUUUGUCCCCCCUCUCCUCUGCUGCUUGUCCGUCUGUCUUGGACCGUCGCAUCUGUGGCUUUGGGACAGGGACAGAAGACCCCGGGCGUGUAGGCGGAUGCCUUGCCUCUGGGCACGUGUGUGUGCAGGUGACCAUGAGGGUGCCCGUGCGUGUGUGACAUGUGCCCGUGUGUCCUGACCGCUUCCCCAGCCAAGCAGAGAGGGCGACCUUGAGGAGCCAGUGGGCACAGCAGCACCAUGGCCUCGGCCGCCUCUGUGAGCAGUCUGGUGGAUGAGGUCAGCUGCCCCAUCUGCCAAGGCACCCUCAGGGAGCCGGUCACCAUCGACUGCGGCCACAACUUCUGCCGCAGCUGCCUGACCCGCUACUGUGAGGUCCCGGGCCCGGAGCCAGAGGAGUCCCUCGCCUGCCCGCUCUGCAAGCAGCCCUUCCACCCGGCGGGCUUGCGGCCCAACUGGCAGCUGGCCAGUGUGGUGGACAACAUCGAGCGCCUCAGGCUGGUGCCCACGCCGGGCCUGGACGAGGAGGACGUGUGCAAGGAGCACGGGGAGAAGAUCUACUUCUUCUGCGAGGACGAUGAGACGCAGCUGUGCGUGCUGUGCCGCGAGGCCUGGGCGCACCAGGCCCACACCGUGCGCUUCCUGGAGGACGCAGCCAGGCCCUACCGGGAGCAGAUACAGAAGUGUCUUGAGGGUCUAAGAAAAGAGAGAGAAGAGAUUCAAAGAAUCCAGGCAAGAGAAAACCAGAGGACCCAAGUCCUGCUGUCGCAGGUGGCCACCAAGAGGCAGAAAGUGAUUUUCGAGUUUGCGUAUCUGAGCCAGUUCCUGGAGGAACAGCAAAGUGUCCUCCUGGCCCAGCUGGAGGCGCUGGAUGCGGACAUCUUGAGGCAACGGGAGGAGUUCGACGUGCUGGUCAGUGAGGAGAUCUGCCGCUUUGGCAGCCUGAUCUCAGAACUGGAGGAGAAGAAUGAGAGGCCAGCGCGAGGGCUCCUGACGGACAUCAGAAGUACUCUGCUCAGAUGUGAGACCAGGAAGUGCCGGAGACCAGAGGCUGUGUCCCCCGAGCUGGGCCAGAGGAUUCGGGACUUCCCGCAGCAGGCUGUCCCACUGCAGAGGAAGGUGAAGCUGUUUCUGGAGAAACUCUGCUUCGAGUUGGACUAUGAGCCAGCGUGCCUCUCUCUGGACCCCCAGACCUCGCACCCGAAGCUCCUGCUGUCUGAGGACCACCAGCGGGCUCAGUUCUCCUACAAAUGGCAGAGCUCGCCGGACAACCCGGAGCGUUUCGACCGGGCCACCUGCGUCCUGGCCCGCGGUGGCUUCACGGGGGGGCGGCACACGUGGCUGGUAAAGCUGGACCUGGCCCACGGGGGCAGCUGCACGGUGGGUGUGGCCCGUGAGGAUGUGCGGCGGAAGGGGGAGCUGAGGCAGCGGCCCGAGGAGGGCGUGUGGGCCGUGAGGCUGGCCUGGGGCUUCGUCUCGGCUCUGGGCUCCUUCCCCACGCGGCUGGCCCUGGAGGAGCAGCCCCGGCAGGUGCGGGUGUCCCUGGACUACGAGGUGGGCUGGGUGACCUUCGCCAACGCCGUCAGCCAGCAGCCCAUCUACACCUUCACUGCCUCCUUCACCCAGAAGGUCCUCCCCUUCUUCGGGCUCUGGGGCCGAGGCUCCAGCUUCUCCCUGAGUUCCUGA